CCGGAUACCGGGGGGACCGGGGGGCGACGAUGCACUGCCUGGCUUCCCGCCUCAACUCUCUCUUCACCUUCACGCUGCUUGUCAUGGCCGCCCUCACUCUGCUCGUCUUCCUCAGCACCGCCUUACGUCAGCCCCGCGUGCCCGCGUCACUCACCCUCGCCUCCGCCUCCCUAAAGAAAUAUGAAGAUUUCAUAACCAUCGGUGAUGUGGGAUCUUUAAAUUUUAACAUCCAUGUUGAUUUGGGACCAGUCUUUAAUUGGAAUGUCAAACAUCUAUUCCUCUACCUGUCAGCAGAAUAUGUUACAAAGAGCAAUGCACUGAAUCAGUUGAUUCUGUGGGAUAAAAUCAUCGCGCGGGGAGAAAAUCCUAAGCUUGAUUUUCGUGGCAUGAGUACCAAAUAUUUAUUCCUGGACGAUGGAAAUGGUCUCAAAGGGCAUAAAAACAUCUCCCUGUUUCUUUCCUGGAACAUUAUACCAAACGCCGGCACCUUGUUUCUGAUUCCUGCCUCUACUCAAACUCUGAUUUCACUGCCUGACAAGUAUGACGAAGUCAGAAGAUAUUGACGUAGAGAGGUGAUGCUGAGCUGAGCUACCAGACUCUAUAUUUGAUAAGUUGCUUUCAUUCCCAUGUGUGGACAGUUUGUUAUUUAAGUAAAGAAUGUUUACUAUUUGCGAUAAAACAAAUUAAAGUUUGUUUAUUUA